AGCUGCGGUGUCUUCCUACCGACAGGUUGGGGCCAGAACGGUCGGGCCAAUCCCCAAAUAAUCCAGAGAUUUGGUGAGCAGAACCUUAAAGAGGGCUCGUGGAGACAGCUAGGGCCAAGAAGGACUCUCUCAAAGUCCAGAAAGAAGAGGCCAGUUGUGAUGAAUCGAUGGUCCGGUUACCUGCUGGGAUGGAUGACCUUCCUCUACAUCUGGGAGACAAGUGGAGGUCAGAAGGAUUCAUGUGUCUUUCCCUUCGUCUACAAGGGGUCUACUUACUUCUCUUGUAUCAAAACCAACAGCCUGUCCCCUUGGUGUUCGACAAAAGCCGUUUACGAUGGGCAGUGGAAGUACUGUAUGGAGGAGGAUUACCCACGAUGCAUCUUCCCCUUCAUCUAUCGAGGAAGGUACCAUAACAACUGCAUCACGGAGGGUGGCUUCUUCAGAAAGCUGUGGUGUUCCGUCACCUCCAGCUUUGAUGAGAAGCAGCAGUGGAAAUACUGUGAAACAAAUGAGUAUGGGGGAAAUUCUUUCAGCAAGCCCUGUGUCUUCCCCUCCGUCUACAGAAAUAGCAUGAUCUUUGAAUGCAUUGAGAGUGAAAGCAACAGACUGUGGUGCCCGACCACGGAGAACAUGGAUGAGGACGGGAAGUGGAGCCUCUGUGCCGACACUAGAAUUUCUUCACUGGUUCCUGGCUUUCCCUGCCACUUCCCAUUCAACUACAAAAACAAGAAUUAUUUUAACUGUACCAGCAAAGGAUCGAAGCACAACCUUACGUGGUGUGCAACCUCUUACAACUAUGACCAGGACCACACCUGGGUGUACUGCUGAUGCAAAGGAGAGGAGAAACAUCUUCAGAGGAAGAUGGACAUACCAAGUGUGGAACCUGC